AUGAUGGACCCGUCGACGACGGCCGCACGCCCUGCGCCGACCCCUUCCCCUGCAGCCCCCGCAGCAGCCGACGCGUCGGGCGCUGGCAACUCGAGCGAAUCGUCGGCGUCGCUGAUGAUGCACCAGAUGUCGUCGCAGUUCAAGUCGCAGCUCUCGCAAGUGCAGAUGCCCGCGGCCAUUAAGGGGCACACGGACGAGCUCGAGCGCCGCAUUUCGACCACGGACAUUGCACGGAUCAAUGGCUACAUGCGGCUCGUGAACCUCGUGUUCUCGGGCGCGCUGUGGGUCACGUGCUUCUUUCGCAUGUUCCAAGUGCCCAGCUACUCGCACUUCCUCGUGAUUAUUUACAUCAUGUUCUUGAGUGCAGGACUCGCGUUUGUCGAGAACCACGAGCGGUUUCCGUCCCUCGCAGACCGCGUGAAGAUCAACUUUGGCUUUAUGUUCUCGGCCAAAGGCAAAGCGUCGUACAUUCUCAGCAUUGCGUUCCUUGCCGUGUCGCAGGGCUGGAUCGGCUGGAUCAUUGGACUGUGCUUCUUCUUCCUGGCUCUUUUCAACUUCUUUCUGAUCAACAAGCAUCCUGCGUACAAAGCCACGAUGAUGAAGCCGACAGGCACGACUUCUUCCAUGGCUGCACAGCAAGAGGAGGCGGAUCUGGAAGCCAUGCCAGAACUGCGCUACAACCAGAAGCAAGCGCACGUCCCCGUGACUGGCACGUCUACCGCUACCACGGCCCAGCCGUCGCACGUGUCUGUCUAG